CAAAACCCUAACCCAAAAUUUUUCAUUCUCCCUGUUCGCUAUCUUGCGCGAAGCAACCCGCCGAAGGAGCAAGCAGCCAUUGGAGCUCGGAGAACGGAGAUUCAGCCAUGGGUAAGGUUCACGGAUCGCUGGCUCGUGCGGGUAAGGUAAGAGGCCAAACCCCGAAGGUUGCAAAGCAGGACAAGAAGAAGAAGCCCCGCGGCCGCGCUCACAAGCGCAUGCAGUACAACCGCCGCUUUGUCACUGCCGUUGUUGGCUUUGGAAAGAAGAGGGGACCAAAUUCAUCAGAGAAGUAAGCUGAAGAACUGGGUAGUUAGUAGGCCAUGGGGGGUUUGGUUUUUGUUUGAGCUGUUAAACAAGUAUGUGAUAGUGUUUUUAGUCCCCGGUUUGCUAUUGUUGGAAUUUCGAUUCUAUCUCCCGAACACAUUAUUAUCUUCUUGCUAAAAGUUGAAGAUUUUUGUCUCA